UCGGAACCCGGCGCGCUCCGCUUGGAACGCGGCCGGCCUGGAGGAGGAGGAGGGCGGGACGGAGACAUGUCGGGCUCGGCCCGCCCCUCGCACCCCAAGGGGCAUCCCGGCUCGUCGCCUAGGUCUCACCAUGUCCCCGCCCGCAAGAUUUCCACGGGCAGCGCCGACAUGCUCAGGGCAGUCGUUAUGGCAGCCAAGAAAAACAAGGCGAAGGAGAAAGAGAAGGGAGCCAGCCGGCAGGAUGAGGAUGCUGUUAAAGAAGAAGAGGCAAUGGCUUGGAAAUUGCUUUCCCUUACGCAGAUUAAUAUUUUGUUGGAACAAGAUAUAGCAGGAGUUCAAAGUUAUAUGGAAAUGUUCCUAAAUCUGAAAGAACCUUUGACAUCUUUGAAACAAGCUGCAUUACUGGAUUAUUAUGUCUCUGGAUUUUGGUGGGCUAAAGCAUUAGAUUUCACACCUGUGCAACUUGGAGGACUCCUGACUCUGUUAAAUAUGCUGAUGAAUAACAUUGAGACUAAGCACAUGACACUGGAAGAUAACAUCCAAGAACUCAGAAAUGCAAUGGCUGGAAUUGGGCGACGUAAUUCGGAGAAAAGCGGUGGCUUUGAGUUCUUCACAGUAGACCAAGCCAAAGCCAUAAUCAAUUAUUUGAAGAUCAGCAUAUUCCAACAUUAUACACUAUAUGAAUUUCUUUUCUACACUCCCAGGGAAGAAAUUGUGUUGGGAGAUGAGAAUGUUGUAGAACUGGUCAAGCCCGCCGAUAGCCCUUUCCCUGCUCCUUUGGAAGAAGGUUUGGCGAACGAUAUAUAUUCCAAAUUUAUAGCACAGACCCCAGGUGAAGAGGAUGCAACUAAGGAAAUGGAGGGAGGUGUUCCUAUGGAAGAGGAGGCUGAAGCCGAAACCAUUGUGGAUCCUUUGACAGGUUACACCAUCGAGGAUGUUCAGAUGGUACUGGGCCAGAUCACCGAUGAAAUGCUCAGCGGUAUUCAGACUGAGAUUAAUGAAAGGCUACAAACGCAGCAAGAGGCUUAUUCUGCAAGGAUAGACAAGCUGAAGAAGGCCUGAAAGAACUGAGCAAGCAGAGGGAUGGUAGUGUCUUACACUUGCUAUAUAAAACACAGGACAGCAAGCCCUGUGAUGUGUUUCUAUUACCUACAGUCAGCAUAAUUGGGACGCUGUUGCAUCAUCCAGAAAGCACUGUUCUUUACCAUAGCACAUCUAUUUUUAUAUUAUUUGAGUGUUCUGUGAAAAGAUAAAUAAAAUUAAACUUUAAUUUUCCUCUA